ACCCCCCAGGGCACCCUCCGGAUAUCUGGCGGGCGCGCGCGCCACGACGUCCGGCGCCUCUCACCCCGAUGGGUCCCCUGGAGUACCGUCUCCUCGUCGCCGCCGCCGUCGUCGUCGUCGUCGUCAAUUCCGCUCGCCUCGCCCCGCGCGCCCACCGGGGGAUCCUCGAGGCGGCCAGCCGGUAAUUCCCCGAGCCAAGAUUAACGGGGGCGGAGGGGGAGAUCGGAGGGAAAAGUUAACUCGCGCGAGCCGAGAGAGAAGCCGACGCAAACAUGGACACUGGAUCUACACAGGGUAAAAAGCAAAUCCGCGUCGGAUUUUACGAUAUCGAGGGAACGAUCGGCAAGGGCAACUUCGCCGUCGUCAAGCUGGCCAGGCAUCGGAUCACGAAAACGGAGGUGGCUAUCAAGAUAAUCGACAAGACCCAAUUAGAUCCGACUAAUCUGGAGAAAGUUUAUAGAGAGGUCGAAAUUAUGAAGCAGCUGGAGCAUCCGCAUAUCGUCAAAUUAUAUCAAGUUAUGGAGACGAAGAAUAUGAUUUACAUGGUGUGCGAGUACGCGAGCAAAGGUGAGAUAUUCGACUACAUCGCGCGAUACGGAAGAAUGGGAGAGCCCAGGGCACGCGCGACAUUCGCUCAGAUCCUCUCCGCGGUCGAGUACUGCCAUGUGACGGGUGUGGCGCAUCGUGAUCUGAAAGCGGAGAACCUGCUCCUCGACGCCCAGAUGAACGUGAAAAUCGCCGACUUCGGCUUCAGCAACAGAUUCGCCCCGGGGGAGCGAUUGAGCACGUGGUGCGGCAGCCCACCCUACGCCGCUCCCGAGGUCUUUCGCGGAAAGCAUUACGCCGGGCCGGAGAUCGACGUGUGGAGCCUGGGCGUCGUGUUGUACGUGCUGGUGUGCGGAGCGCUGCCCUUCGACGGAUCAACUCUCCAGUCGUUAAGAGAUCGUGUGCUAAGCGGCAGAUUUAGGAUUCCUUACUUUAUGAGCACAGAUUGCGAGAGCCUAAUACGCAAGAUGCUGGUGCUGGAGCCUUCCAAACGAUACACCAUUCCACAAAUCAAGAGGCACCGUUGGAUGGCGGGGACAGCAGAUAGCAUUUGUUCGGUGAUCGUAACGCGGCCGUCGUCGUCCAUUCAGGAACCAAAUGAACAGAUACUUCGACUCAUGCACAGUUUAGGAAUAGACAUUAGCCGCACCAGAGAGUCCUUGCGAAAUAGCAGCUACGACCAUCACGCUGCUAUUUAUUUCUUACUGCUGGAAAGGUUGAAGCAACAUCGUGUCAACAGCACCGUUAACAAUGCCUGCUGGUCCUCAGUUGCAAGAACAAAAGAAGAUAAAUUUAAAUCAAGAGCGAGAGAGGACGGCAGCAGAGGGGGAAAGAGAUUCAGCUCGACGAGUUCUUCGACCGAUGAAGGUUGUUGCAGCGCGGAGGGUGAUUUAGAAGAGGGCCCGAGCGGUGACGAGUUGCGCGAGGCGCAGAUCAAACUCGAGGAGCAUAGAUUAGGCCUAGAUCACGAUAUCAGUCAACGAAUUGACAGUCAGAUAAUCAAUCGAAGAUUAAGUGAUUAUCAACAUCAUUUUGAUAACCCGCUUAUGGAUCCUACUGAUCCACCCAGUCGAACGACUUUGUUCAUGGCGGGCGGCAGCGGUAGCUCGUCCUCGGAACUCUUCGAGUCUAGCUUCGAUUCUGGCUGCCCGCCAGAUUAUACAGGGACGAACUGUUUCACGAGCAGCUUACCGUCUUGCACGCCACCGCCACCCAAGAGUCCAUCCCCUAUCACUGGUCGAAUAUCCCGAGUCUCUCAGGGACGAAGAGCAUCCGACGGUGGACCUAGAUUGCUAUUCUGUCAGCAAGGAGUCAGCGAUCGACCAUCCAAGCAGAGGAGCAUUCAAGAUUCGGGGAAAGCUCGAGGCCACCUGGAUCUAGUCCACCUUAGACCACCGUCCACACCGCCCGAUAAUCAACAGCAAUUUAAGAUACGCGGCGACUCGGGCACGCAGCUACAGCUUCUAGUGCAGCAACGUAUGCUGCAACAAAAGCGCAACUUGUACCACCGGCACAGGGGCGGCGGUAGUCCGACCCCGAUCCCAGUUUCCACCAGCGGCAGCACCAGUAGACGUGCCGAUCACGUACCGAGGCAAGACAGCUACAAGCUGGCGCAACGUACACAGAUAUUGCCGCCUCUCUCUCAGGGACACGUAGACAGAGACUUCGACAGAGACAGAAAACGAGACGAGGAGAGGUGGAAGAGUCUACCGUCCCGCUUGGCAGCGGAUUGCCAGUUGGCGGAGAGGUCGCUAAUAUGGAGCCAGCAGGUGGGUCUUAGUGGAGGUGCGUCUUACUUGCCACCUGGCAGUGUAGGUGGUUUCUUGUGGCCCGCCACCAGCAAUCCACAUUCAACCAUCUUCGAGAAUGUAGGGGAUCCAAUGGAAUAAAUUUCUGCCCUGUCGUUAUAUUAGUAAUUGCCUCGAGAUCUUGCGUAUGAAAAGCCAGCUGAAUCAUUAUAUCAACUCUUUCAGCAGUGUUCCCUCCCUAGUCUUUCCACGUUGACUUUUAUUAACAUAGUUGCAUAUCAUUUUGCAUCUGAUAGAGAAACGCUAAGAUUUACGAAGAAUUUAAUAAUGUUCACUCAUCUAUAAUAAUAAUACUAAUAAUAAUAAUAUACAUAUAAUAUAUCUUUACAUACUCAAGAUCUCCGACUAGAUGUAUGGUACAUGUUACUGAAUGCCAAAGAUUUACAAUUUUGUACUCCCAUUGGUCUGAAACGUCGGUACUCGAGGAUUCGAUUGAAGCGCCAAAAGCGUGCAAUAUUCCACAUUAAAUCAUUCGCUAAUGUGCUACUUGACAAAUUGUGUAUCACACCUAUCGCUAUUGUACCGCAUGAGUACGCACAGACUACGUGUACGACUUGAAAGAAAAAGUUCUCAUGCAGAGGAAUCUUUAUCAUACAGUAACACGUGUACCUGCCUUAUUGAAACGACUGAUUCUACCAGUCAAAUAUCCAAUUAUAUCAUAGACUGAUAAUUAACAAGCUGAACACCAACCGAGUUUAAUUGAAGAGCAAGUGGCACGGAACUCGCUUCGCAAACUCCGCUACCGAGAGUAUAACGAGACGGUAGGGAAGAGGCAGGGAGGGAGAGAGAAAGAGAACUGCGCGAUUUUUAAGUAUUGUUAACGAGGUUUUCAAUUGACGAAUUCACGUAGACUUAGUAAAGCUUGGAGCUCGUUCAUUUUCGCAACUGCUCAUGUGUAUAAUAAAACGACUAACGGAAUAUUACGAAUUUACGCGAUAUAAAUCCUUCGAGGAUAUUCCGUACUGCCAACGAGUGAGAGAGAAAUGCGAGUGCUCAAGUAAACGAGAUAUAAUAAAUAUGUUAUAGAAUAAGGCAUAUAAGGGCGAAACCAAGCGCCGGCGAUAAAGGAAUAACAGCGACUGAAAUAGGAUUAAAGUUCUCUCGGUGGCGGGGCGCGGGUACUGCGUCACUUUCGCUCUUCCGUUAAUUUAAUCGAAGAGUGGAAAUACGACACGGGUUGAAAAGAACCUUUCGUUACGUUUUCUUAAUGAACGUUCCAUUGUACAAAAUUAGAGAUGUUUUCCUCUUCCACUCUUCACGAUGGUGAACUAUAGAAAAUAGAGAAAAUAAUAACGAAAAACAAUAAUAUUAGCGGUAAAAUAGUAGCUAAUGUGUCAGAAGUGCUGCAUUCUGUAAAGAUGUUAAAAAUAAAUCGUUUGCGCAAUCGUUUCCUACAUAAGCAUAAGUUAACUGCAUUUUGUAUAUGUUAUCUCUUUGUAGAAAUAUUUAUAGCCACUGUAUUAACAGCCGCACUACUUUUAUACAAGUAUCUUUCAUGAGUCAUUCCACCGUUGUCCUCUAGAGGUGACUUUUCUUUUCCUAAACCGGAUAUUUUCUAUUUCGACAGCUCUGUUUUACGAGCUUCUUGCGUAAUUCUAAUUAAUUAGGAGAACAUUGACGAGAAACAAUAAUGAUUACGAAACCGUUUGUACGUUUGAUAUGAAUACAGCACUUUAAAAACAAUAUACACAUAUAUAUAUUAUUAGAACCUAGCGAACUAGUCAGUAGCAAGCAAUACCGGCCGCGCACAACUGACAACGACUUUACUAUUCAAAUUUUUCGCCAUUUUUUACCCGACAGGAAACAAUCAAACUUCGCUCAAAAGUCUUUUGAUAAGUGAGAACAUAACUGUUAAUAAGUUUAGCCUAAUCGCAAACGAAAUCCACUAUCUGCAAACGGACAUCGACGCAAGGUUAUCUCCAUGAAUCUCAGGAAUUGAAAAUCAAUUUCGGCAUUGUUGUUGCGAAUUCUUAUAUGCCCGUCGUUUCCGGACUCAUGUAACUCCUUGGACCGCGUAAAAAUAGAUAAUCCCGUACUUAGGGUUUGGCAGCAAUAAAUUGAUUUCACCUGUCUAUUAAAACGCAGCCGCACACGACUCCGACGAUCAAGAUUCUGCGACAAUUACAUGUGAUACUACUUGUUUUAUAUGUAAGCCAUCGUCCUAGAAUACGUAAUCUGUUUAAUGAUAAAGACUACAAUAUCCGUUUUGCGGAAGUAAUUAUUUGCUAUCAACCACUGACUGCCAUACAGACAAUUUGCCGUAAAGGGAAAAAAUAAGAGGAAGUAAAGAAAGAAACCGACCUAAGGGAGAAAGAGAGAGGGUCGCUUAUACACGCAACUAUAUACAAUGUAACAAGUUUUCGUUCGUCAUGCUCUCUUAGCAAAGUGCGCACAUACUAUCACUUCAACAGUCAUAUACGAUAGUAAGUAGUUACUUUUUGUAAAUUGCAAAAUUGUCGACAUAUGUAUACAUGCGAGUUCGAAAUAAAACAUAUGCAGAUUGAGAAUC